AUGAGUUCCAUGUUCAAGAAAAAGGGCGCGCCCGCCUUCAAGCCCAAAAUUCCGUCGGCCAGAGCACGUCCAGCUGCGCCCGCGCCUGCGCCAGCACCUACACCGGUCGUGAAACCUAUCGAAGCCCCGGUAGCAAUCGACGACGUUGUCGCGGCAAAGCCCAUCGAGGCCUCAGAGGUCCAGCAGCCCUCGAAAUCGGUUCCCGAAACCCAGACUCCUGAUGAACCAGCUGCGCCUGAACAACCAAGACGGCGACGCCGGUCAAGCGCUGGCUCGACUUCUACGGCCGUACAAGACGCAGUCACGUAUAAAGCAUUGACCGAGAUUGCGAGAAGCGACGCCGAGGCCACCUCAAAAGACACUGCGGUAGAAGCCCCCAGCCAGGUUGUGCAGGAAGUCGACAGUGUACCGACCACGCGGCGUCAAACUAGACAAAGACGAGCAUCGCAAGCCGCACGGCCGAAGCCGACAGUCGAGACACAACAGCUCGAAACACCACCACCGACAGAUCAACAGGUAUCCGCGCCAGCCUCCUCGGAACCAUCAUCAGAGACACAAACAGAGUCGCAAGCCGAAGCUCCCGCCACCGCUGCACCCAAGACCACGAGGUCAAGACGUCGAGCAGCCGCAGCUACCGAGGCGACUGGCGAAGACGGCGAGGCAGCCAUUGCGCCACCGAGAAAACGAACGAGAAAGAAUGCUGCCACUGCCGCCGACGGUGAAGCAACGCCCGCCGCUCCGAAAACAAGGAAACGAAGCGCGGCUGCAGCACCGGGCGAAAAGGCAGCGCCGCGCCCGCGUCGGGCUCGGUCAAGCACACCUGACGACUCGGAGACUAGAAUGGUUGACUUGCAGACGCUGAAAAUGUCGGAUCUCACCCGCGACUUGCACAUUGGCAAAAAGUUUAGCCGGCACGACGAACUCCGCGAGCGCGAGCGCAAAGCCCGCGUGCAAGCCAAACUCAACAAGACGGGUCUGACUCCCAGCGGCGACGUCUCGCGGUCCGAAACGCCCCUCGCCGAGCCGUCGCCCGGCGUCAAGGACGGAACGCCCUCUGGUGGCGCGACGCCCGGGGACGCCUCGGGGGCACCCAACGGGGGCGGAGGGGGCGGCGGCGGGCCCGCACCCGCUGGUCCGCAGUUCCGCAUCGUCGACGGCCAGAUUGUCGUGGACCAGAGCUCGCUGGUCAUGGACCGGCACGCGCGCGCAGCCGCGGCGCACGCGGGCGAGGACAUGGAGACGAUUGAAGAAAACGACUUUACGCGGCUCAUCACCUCUUCUUCCUUCAUGACCACGUCCAAGCUGCGCGGGCCCAACAUCUGGACCGACGACGAGACGGAGCUCUUUUACCGCGGCCUCUUGAUGUUUGGCACCGAAUUCCAAAUGAUUUCGCACAUGUUCCCGGGCAAGCAGCGCCGCCACGUGAAAUUAAAGUUUAACCGCGAGGAGCGCUGCAACCCGGCGCGCAUCGACGCCGCGCUCGUCGGCGAAAAGACAACCAAGAUGGACAUUGAAGAGUACAAGACGCUCACGGGCGCCAGCUUUGAGCCCGUAGAGAGCAUCAUGGCGGAGCAGCGCAAGAUUGAAGAAGGGUACGAGGCGGAGCGGAAGCGCAUCGCGGACGAGCAGGAUGAGCUGAUGCGGAAGAAGCGUGAAGAGCUCUUUGCGGAUGAUGAUGCUGCAGCCAAGAAGAAGGGCAAGAAGAAGGGAAAGCAAAAGGUGGCGUACGGCCUCAAUGGCGAGCCCAUUGUUAAUGACGCGUAA